GACACACCAAGACAGUACGUAUUUUCGAAUACUCAAUUUCGGCCUGUUGUUGCUUCGCCGAAGAGAGCAAUCAGCUAUAAAUGUGUCGUGCUCUAUUCAUGAUUUGACAACUAAAAUUCACGGUAUUUCAUUAUGUCUAUGUUCACAAGAAGCAUUCCGAAAUUGAUCAACCAUACCAACCUUCAACACAUUCGAAAGAUGACUUUUACACCAGCAGCACAUAUCAAAUCCCUCGAUCACCUCGUCUUGACUGUCGCCUCCAUACCCCGCACAGCCCAAUGGUAUAAGGCGAAUCUUGGCAUGCAGGCAGAGCAAUUUGUCUCAAGUGCCACACCAGAUAUCACUCGUCAUUCGCUUCUUUUUGGUUCACAAAAAAUAAAUCUACAUGAACUCGGAAAGGAAUUUGAGCCCAAAGCUCAAAAUGUGAAAGAUGGAAGCGCAGAUUUGUGCUUUAUAACGGAUGACAAUGUUAAAGAUGUUCGCCAACGUCUAAUAGAUGCAGGUGUAGAGAUGGUUGAUCUAAGCCCAGAGAAAACUGACGAAGGCAUUGUGGUACGCACUGGUGCUCAAGGCAAGCUGAGAAGUGUCUAUUGUAGAGAUCCCGAUGGGAAUUUGAUCGAGAUCUCUAACUAUAUCUAAAACCCCUAUAAAAUAUUGAUGUGGAAAUUGAACCUUUCUUUCAAAACGGGUAUAUGGCGCCUUGUUACUUUUCCGACCAAAUCCUCAUGAAUCAUCAUUGUACAGUUUGUAUCCAAUACCUGACCAAAAACACUACGAAAAAACUCCACA